AUGGGCGGCAACUCGGAAAGUAAGUCGGCUGUAGCUGAACCACAGGAAACUAAGUUUGGCAAAGAAAGCGAAUUUUGGUUUCUAUUGGAAGUAACCGAUCCAUCGGCGUAUCCAGCAGAAAAACUACACAAAUGGAUUACAGAGCUGUUGGGACCUUUGGGGGGUUCCAUUUUGGGCGUUCAAUAUUUAAUAGACCCCGGGAGUACGUCAGCCCAUGUUUUCGCUUAUUGUAAAGAUUUCAAGGCAGCACAGUUUGCAUGGGAGCGUUUAAACAACAAAGAGUUGGCUAGUCGUGGUAUUCAUAAAGUUACAUGUAUGUCUGAGCCUUCAAAAAAUGAAACAAGAGCUUCAGCUGUUGCAGAAAAGGUCAAUAAGGAGAUUCCUGAUGUUACUUAUAAUGUGGUAAGUUGUGGACAAGGUAAAUUAAUACCCAGUCAUGUAAAUUACUUAUAGUAGGCUGAACAAUCCUCUUUUCAAUAAGAAAUGGGCUAUUCCAUUCAACUGUCACACACCCCCUGUUGAGGAUACAUGUUUGUCAACAUUAUACUCCCAAGGAAUUCCGUUUUUGUGCAACAAAAGUGCUGUUGGAAAGUUAUCUCAUUACUAGGAGCAGAAGAUUGUGUUAAUCGACUCGGCAAUAUGGGCUUGGGUAACACUUCAGGACUGA